CAUUUUCCUACAGGUUUUCCAACAUAUGAAAAAUAACUCUUCACUCUCUAGUGUACCGAAGAAUGUGUUUAUUCUUCCAACAGCGGUUGAUACUCCAUUAUCUUCCUUCUGGAUAACUGUACACCAGGUAGACGAAUUCUCUCUUCUGAGACUUCAGGGCCCAGAAAAUCAGCUGUUUAAAUCACUCUUGAAUACUCUGGCAAGUGUCUUUGACUCCAAACAACCACCUCACAAGAUAUUAUUUAAGCGAGGAGAGAACGCGGUACCCUUACAGAUAGCAGUAUCUGAGUCUGAAAAAACAAUCGAGGCAGCGUGGCAGUGGAUUCAAGAAAACAUAGUACCUGAACUAAGAAAAAUAAAUGAUCCUUUUGACAAAGAAAGCUGGGUUGUAGAGCAGAUUACAAUGAUUGUUGGAAAUACAAAAGACAUGAGUGCUGAUGAGCUAUCAACGGACGAAAAAUUACGAAAUGCCUCUAGAAUGUUUCGCCAAACAUUUCCUAUUCCUGUAUCAGAAAGGCUUGUGAGCUGUAUGUCCUGUGUCCCUUUUAUUGAUGACAUUUAAAGUCUUGAUUUUAAUUUUAAUUUUUUUCAAAAAAAAAAAAAA